AUGAUUUUAUUAGUUAAGUUAAAAUCAUUAUUAAAUGUAAUAAUAAAAAAUAGAAUACAAAUAAAUUUAGUUGUUAUAGGACAUGUUGAUUCUGGUAAAUCAACUACAAUAGGGCAUUUAAUUUGUAAGUUAGGUGGAAUAGAUUAAGGAACUAAAAAGUAAUUUGAAGAAGAAGCUAAUAAAAUUGGUAAAGGAUCAUUUAAAUAUGCCUGGGUUUUUAAUAAUCUUAAAGAUGAAAGAGAAGGAGGAAUUACAAUUGAUAUUUCUUUACAAAAUUUUAAAUCAAAUAAAUUUGAUUAUAGAGUGAUUGAUGCACCAGGACAUAGAGAUUUCUUAAAAAAUAUGAUAACAGGAACAUCAUAAGCAGAUGUAACUUUAUUAAUGAUUUCUUCAAAGACCACCUUAUUUAUGAAUAUUACAAAAUUUAUUUUAUUAUUUCUAAUCGUUUAGUAAAGUGUUAUUGGUAAUUAGGAUCUGGUAAUUUUUAUAACUCUACCUGAGAAGUCAAGAUAUUCUAAAAAAUUGGAGUAAAAUAUCAUAAUGAAAAAUCUUGAUCUUUGA